CGGGAAGUUCUAAGAUGGCGUCCGCUGCUGGCGAGUACAUCGAGAGUUUGAUCGGGAAAUUAAACCCCAAAUCGGAGUCAGGAACUAAAAAAGCUCUGAGCGAGUUAACAAAACUGACUAAAGUCAAAGAAAACGUACAUUGGUUUUGUAUUAAAAGUGGUUUAAAGCGACUUUUAGGUCUUAUCCAGCAACCAAAUAGGACAAUUGCUGACAUGGCGCUAAGCGUAUUGGCGAACUGUGCUCGUGAACAAGAGAGCAGAAGAGAGAUAAGGAGAUUGGAUGGAAUAGCUACCCUUGCUAAUGUGUUGAAGAUGAGUGAGAAAACCAGCAUUUUAAACCGGACAUCUAGAGCACUGGCAAACUUAGCAGAAGAUGAGCUUAAUGUACUUGUCAUGGAAGAGCUUGGAGUUAUUCCUGAACUUGUUAAGCUUUCAUUGAAGACAUCUGACAGUGAUUGCCAGCAGUCAGUCUUGAGAGCAUUGAGAAUGCUUUGCACAACUUCAGCACAAAAACAGGUUGUACUAGAUUUAGAUGCUGUGAAAACAAUCAUGGAAAUGCUUAAUUCUGACAAGCCAGCUCUGGUGAAUUGCUGUAUCAAAACUGUGGCAGAACUCACCAAAGAAUGUAGCAGAGAAAUGGCUCAGCAAAUUCAAGACUAUGGCGGUGUGAAAUACAUUGUUAAACUUGCCAAUAGUGACUCCAUAAAAGUCAGGCACCCAGCUUUACUUUCUUUGGCAAAUUUGACCCAUCAUGCUCAUGUGCGUGUUUGCAUUGGUAUAGAAGGAGGAAUUCAGUCUUUGUUUCAGCAAGUUAAGAGGGAAGAAACUGGCCAUGCUACUUCCAAGGCAAUUGAAGGACUUUGUUUUUGUUGCCGAGAAGGAAUUAAUCGUGUAAGGGUGCUUGAAUCUUCAGCACUGGAACUGCUCCUUAAGGUCUUGUCUUCAGGAAAAUGUACUUUUUCUCUUAAUAAAAAGAUUGUGCAUGCAUUUUCAUUGUUUUUGCACUAUCAGGCAGCAUUAGAUGUUCUUCUAAAUGGAGGUUUGGUUCCAACUCUUGUCAAUCAUCUGAAAAGAAUCAUCUCAGAUGCACCUUUCAGAAAUAAGUGUGACGGUCAUGAUGAGGAAUUUUCAGAUCAGCUGCCUUUCACAUCUGAUGUUUCAUUAGAAAACUCAUUAAGGGCUACUGCAGUCAAAGAUGCAUUUCUUGAUGCAAGCGCAGAUACUCCAAUGGAUGAAAGUUUCUUAAAAAAGGUGGAAGAGAUAGCAAAGGAGGUAUCAGACUCAAAAGUGAGUGGCCAACUUUCCAAGUUUAAAAGGAGAAGUGGGAUGAAGCUGAAGCCAUCUCCUAUUCCAACCACUCCUCCACCAGGUGUGCGUACCAUAGGACAUGGACGAUCAGUGUUCAGCUUUGCUUCCAGACAGACGGACACAACAUCAUUGGUGUCAGUGUGCACUUACUCCCGUAGUAUUUCAUCUCUGGCAUGUUCAUCGAGUCAUGGUGCAAAUCUGUUACCUUCCAGUCGCCCAAGUGUGUUGUCAACUGAUCAUGUUUCUACAGCUCCAACAGUCAACACCUCUAUACAUGAUUCAGAUGAACCAAGUGGAUUACCACCUAGAGACACUGAAUCUGUGUGUGCUGAAAGCCAAAAUGUGACCCUGGAUUUGAAGAAUUCUUUUACAUUGAGAACUACUGCCAGCCAAAGUGAUCGGUCAGUUGUAAUCUCUGCCAACUCUCAGGCUGAAACCAUGUCAAAUGAAAGCUUACCAUCUCCUUUAACUCCUAAGGCUCAAGCAGCAUUACAUCAUCACCGUGGUCCAGGUCAUGAUACCAUGCUGUUGUUAUGGCGCAUCUCACAGAUGACAGAUCCAAGCUCUCUUCUUGUCACCAAACCCUGCAUCCAAGCAUUGUUGGAUUAUCUUCGUUUGGUUGACAAUCCAAGUCCCAAGUGUGCAAGGCUCCUUAAUUGUCUGGCGACAAAUCCACUGUGUUUGAAGGCUUUGAUUGUGAAUGGAGCUGUGGUUGCAGUCCACCAUCAGUUGUGCUGCAUGUGUAGUGAAAGCCAAGCUACAACAAAUGAGGAUACACCCUCCACUGUUACAUGUAGUUCAGAGGGACAGAGUUUACGGACACCUUGCAGCACAAUGCAUUCUGUAGACAGUAUCACUGAGCAGGAGGACAAAACCAAGGCUAGCGUUACGUGCCAUGUCAUGUCUUCAUCAACCCAAAGCUACUGCCAAGAAACUGGGAAACAUUUACUGGAGACAUUUUCAACCCAAGUGCAAACUCCAUUUGGAAAAGGUGUCCUUGAAAAUUUACUUCUCAAAGGAUCAAAGGGAGAACGUGAAGAGUGUGUGCUUGCUUUGCCACUCUUAUGCAGGACCAAAAAAUUGAAGCAGCAAAUGCUUGUUGAAAGGAAGGGUUUGAGGAUGUUUUGUGAUUUGUUCAAAUCAGUGGCUGCAAAUGGCGAGACCUUUACAAUGGCUGUGGAGUCUCUGGUGGUCCUGGCCAAUGAUUUACAAGUAACAUGUCCUGCAGAGGUUGAUGAGAAGGAAGAAGUUAACAUUUCUAAUGGACUGACUAAACCUGCAGAUGACAAAAUCCAUGAUCCUCAAGCAAUGAACACAGAUGCUUUUGCUGACCUACACCAAGUGAAAAAGUUGAAAGUGAAUGCUAGUAAGUCACUGCUGUUGCUCUCCAAGAAUGCAGAACAUUGUAUCAAAAAUGAGCGGGAUUGUUCCUCAUGUCCCUACAAUGAAAAUAUCAAUGGUCCUCAUGAUGUGGCAUUUCAGAUGGACAGUGGAGAUAUCAUUGCUGCACAUAAGGAAGUCAUGAAGUCAGCUUCUGAUGUCUUUACUGCUAUGCUGUCAAGUUGUUUCAUUGAGUCAAUGCAGUCUGUCAUUCCAAUUCCAGAUGUUUCUACAGGUGUCUUUGAAUUUGCUGUUCAUCACAUGUAUGGAUGCAACAUUCUGCCUAGUAAGGAACAGAGCUGUGUUAAAAUGCUGUCCUCUGUGUCAUGCUGCUGUGAAGUGCUACAGAGAAAAGUUGGCAACCUUCAAGGAAUGGACACCAAAGUACAGUUCUUUUUAGAACUCUUAACUUUUUCAGAUAGAUUCAUGUUAGAUCAACUGAGAAUUAUCUGUGAGACGUUCCUAGUCACUCUAAUCAGCACUACCAAUAUUGUGCAAAUUUGUACCAUUGGUCUUCAACUGAACUCCCCACGACUCUGUGUGAAUAGCCUUUCAUACCUUUUGAAUGUGAAGCUAUCAGAUCUUCCAACUCGCUUGCAUGUAUUCAGAGAACUGUUUCUUUGCGUUGAGAGUGAAGAUAUCGUGAAACAUCUGUACCAGUUACUUCUCCCCCACUUGAAGCUUUAGUAUGGUUUUAGUAUGAUUUAAU